AUGUCGACGUACAAACUAUACUAUUUUAAUGGUCGUGGUCGCGCUGAAAUAUCUCGUUUAAUAUUUGCAGUUGCUGGUCAAAAAUAUGAAGAUAUUCGUUAUGAAGGUGAACAAUGGCCAGAACAUAAAAGUGAAAUGCCGUUGGGUCAAAUGCCUGUUCUUGAAUUUGAUGGAACGAAAUUACCACAAUCAGUAUCGAUUGCACGUUUUCUUGCUAAACAAUUUCAACUAGCUGGUAAAGAUAAUUUUGAACAAGCUAAAGUCGAUGCUGUCGUUGAUACAAUUGGUGAUUUAUUAACGAAAUUUGUAGCAGCACGUUGGGCACCCAAUGAAUCAGAAAGAGAUGAACUUAUUAAAAAAUUCGUAGCUGAUGAAGUAGCAAAACAUUUUAAAAAUCUAGAUAUCCUAGGAAAAUUAUAUGGUAAUGGUGGCGCAUUCUUUGUUGGGAAUCAUUUAACAUGGGCUGAUUUAUUAUUUUAUGAUUUUGGAGAGACUCUUCUUGGUUUGGAUGGGGAUUGUUUAAACAAUUUUCCAUGGUUAAAACAAAAUCGUGCCGAAGUCGCAAAACAACCAAAAGUUGCAGAGCAUAUCAAAAAUCGAUCUGAAACACCAUUUUAA